AUGGCUAAAGCUUGGAUCAAUAGAGAUGAAACUGCAAAACAAAUGUUGGCUAGGGUUCUUAAAGAAAGACCAUUGUUACUUCUCCCUCAACCCCUUCACAGGGUACCCCUUAGCGUCAACAACAUCAUUGAGAUCAUAGGUCCAUCUCCUUCAGCCAAAACCGAAAUCUUGCUGCAAGUUGCUGUUACCUGUAUUCUUCCCAAGAACUGGAAUGGAAUCCAAUACGGUGGCUUAGAACAUUCCGUCUUGUUCCUGGACUUAGAUUGUCGGCUUGACAUAUUCCGCCUUUCUCAAUCUCUGAAGUUACGAAUAUCCAAAACCAAUCGCAAUUCAAACCAUCAAUUUCAGCAUGAUGACAUGGAGUUAUUAUUUAAAGAUUGCAUGAAACGAAUCUCAUACACCAGAUGUUACGAUAGUUUUCAAUUCCUUUCCGCUCUAAAGGGAUUGCAUUCCAAACUAGAUAAAGAAAGAAAUGAAGAUCGGAAUGGUGUUGAUGUACUAAUGAUUGAUGGAAUUGGAGCAUUUUACUGGAUCGAUCGUGGGUUUUCAUCUUUGCCACAGGGGAAUCCCAACAGGAAAAACUUUUGUUUUCAAACUGUGUUUGAAACUGUUGUUCAGGAACUAAGGAAGCUCUUGAUGAUGCAUCCUGUUCUUGUUUUAGCUACAAAGACAGUUACAAGUCAAGUCAAAGGUUGGUCAAAGAAUGAAUAUCGUGAGUAUAUGCCAUUGAUUUGGCAAUCGUUUGUUACACAUAGAAUUCUUGUGAGACCUUCGGAUGAUAAAAGAAAGAUUCAUGAUCGUGUUUGCUAUUUGGCAGAGUGGUUAUUGCCAGCCCUAAAUCUUUCAGAUGAGUUUUUUGUUGGUGAUGCUGGAAUUCUCACUUUGUUGUAG